CUCGUAGCCCUUGAGGAAGCAACUACCCAUGGAUGCGAGCUGAAAGUUCUCGCUCAGCAGGCAGCAAUAGCAGGGGCCGCAUAAAUGCGGUCCGGUGACGUAUCUGGGGGGAUUUCUGCAUUGGUUCUCUCAACACAUCCAUCCAUCCUCUCCUAUCGCUCUUUAAUCGCUCUAGUUCAUCCAUCACAUUCUUUCUCUCUCUUUCUCGUGGAACAUUCGAUAUCCAGUAUACAUUCCCUACGAAUCUGUAAGCGACAUCAACCGCCCCGAUUGUGCAUUCUCCUCUUUUGUUGUUCUGUUGCCACCUUUCACUCACCUUUUGGCCCAGAGCAGAUCUCGCACCACGCGACAAUCCCUCUUCAACACAGCGUGGGAUGCUGCAGAUUUGAAACAGAGCGGCUGCCAUUAGACGCUAACAUUUUCUGUACUCUAUCCUUCCCGUACGUCUUCAGCUUGCAGCCUACUCUAAUCCAGGUCAGGAACAGACGCUCAGGAACAGCCAGGAACAGCCAGGAACAGCCAGGAGCAGCCAGGAACAGUCAGGAGCAGCUACUCAAAUCAAGGUCAUUAUCACUCUUCAACAGCUAUGGAAUCAGUCUGGGGCAGCUCCCGCAAGCAGUAAGUCUAUUCUCCCACGAUUCUAAUAUGUAACUCGAGCAGACCUCCACGGAAUAGUAUAAAGAAUAGCACUCAUCCACUAAUAGCACCGAUUUCCGUUUCCCCCUCCUUCCCUUUUUGCUUUAGAACUCGCGACAGCAGCAGCAGUGUAUCAUCGUCAGGCGGAUCGAAACUCGUUCAGCUUCAACGUCAGAGUUCAGCGAUCGGAUCUGGCCUACCAACGCUAUCGACCAAUUCUCUCUCCUCCAUCUCUUCAGGACCCUUGAGUAGCCAUGGAUCAGGCGCCAUCCACCC